AUGUUUGAUCUGCGACUGCCUAUUACGUCCCCGGAUCUAUCUCCCCACUGUCAGGGCACAUGGCUGACAUGGUCGCAAUUAUUGUAUGGAACAGAAUCGAGUAUUGUUAUGGCAGAGCAGAGCAACCGCGAUGUGGUAGAUCAGACCCUGUCGGGCGGCGAGCCUUCGCCUUCCGACGUUCCUGCGAGCACCAACGACAACCUAUCUGCUGGAGGGGACGCAGGGAAAACCGAACAUAUCGCAAUGGCCACUAUAUCGAACAACUCAAACUUGAAUGAUCAGCACAAUCACGAGAAAACGAACACUCUUGAUUCACGGGGGGAAAGCGCCGCCGGUGACAAGAACGCUGGAGGUUCUACGAUGGAUACUUCUAAACAGAGCGCCGGAGUUGUCGCGACUCGAGUUCUUGAACUUAAUGGACUGGCCUCGGCAUCGGAUGGCGGAGACGACACAGCAUCACAAGGUGGUUCGGAAUCGGAUGCGAGCCGAUCAGAUGGCAAGAAUCCCACUCAUAGUGGCUCAGUCAAAAAGCCAACAGGAUUCAAGCCAGUUUCAUUUGCCAAGUUCUCGGUAAACAAGGUCCCGGGGGCCCCAACACCACCUAAGGUGCCGGAGAAAGUGCCAACUUCUACAACACCACUCGGUACCCCACAGCCAAGCUCCCGACCGCGCUUGGUUGCGAAGACUACACUCGGCAUGCGUGAUUCCUUUUCGAAGACUGGAGCAGGCGGAGGCAAGCCUGGUGGAUCAGGGCCUGAUCCAAAUCAAGUGUGGAAUAAAAACAGACCUGUUGUGCCCGCUCCUCCGAAGCAUUUGACUGACGAGGAAUUGAAACAACAAUACGGGAUUCAUAUGACUUCUCGUAUCCAAGAAGAUGGGGCUGUUAGCUCUGAAGCAAAGUGGGCGGAUAUUGAUGAUGAUGAAGACGAUUGGGCCCCUGAGACGAUUGAGUGGACAGAUGGAACUAAGGUCAAUCUCACUCAACAUCACAAUGAACCCCCACCGGCUCCUAGUCGUCGGGAGCCCAAAGAGCUGCCGCCUGUAGAGCCAACCGUCGUGAAGGAACCUCCCAAGCUUGCGCCGAAGCCAACUGUAUCAAUGGGGUCUCGUGCCAUGGUCCUCAAAGUGGGAGCGAACGCUGAACGGCAAGCGAGAACCGCGAGUGCUUCUUCUAGCGGCACAAAUGACAAAGUCCCAUCUAGCUCUACAAGCCCAGCACCGCCAUCCAAGUCUCCUUGGGCCGCUCUGCCUCCCGUCGAAAGAGUGUCUCCAGUCAUUGCCCCUCUUCAGCCUCACCAACAGCGCAUGCCCGUGAGAUACCCCCAGAGAGAUGAUGGCCACCAUGGCCCAAUGUCAAUACCGCCUAAGGAGAUUGCAGCGGAUGAUUUCAACCGUGCAUGGAAAGACCAGUCGGAUCUGCCUCAACUUUUCAAUCCUCGAUCUUCCCAGUACGAGCCGGUGGCGGAAACCAGGAGAGGAUCUUGGCGUCAUGACCAACACCCCCGUGCUCCUGCGGUUUUGCAGAGGCCAAACGAUCAUCCAAGUGGACCGGCAGAGCCAUCUGCUGCAUUCCAGACGCACAGGUCUAGUCAUCAAGAUGGUAUGGGCUGGGGUGGUCGUCGUCGCACAUCAUCAAACGUGAGCGGAGGAAGCGGAGGGUUUGGCCGUAGGAUGUCAGUUGGCCGAUUUGAUGCCCCUCCCAGACACAAUGAUGCUCGAAGAGGUUCUCAGGUGAACGGCCUGGGUGAUUCAGCAAUAGUGGGUCACGAGCAACACCAUGGCAAAGACGAAACUACUAUGUCUGGUCCAAAUGGUACAGCUCGUCCAGCUGUUGAUGUAGGUCUGUCUCCUGUGGAAACACCGGCGGUUCCUCAGGUUCCGCAAGAACCUCAGGAGGACCCUGUUGCUUUACAAGAGCGUAUUAUGAAAGAGAAACGGCUAGAAGCGAGGCAACGAAGAAUUGAGCAGGAGGAGAAAGAGGAAGCGGCUAAAAAGGAGAGGAUUAGGCAACGUCUCGCGGCGAUGGGUCCUGCGCCAGAGAAGAAAACUCCCGAAACGCGCAACCCCCCCUCUCUUCAAUCUCAACCUCACCCUCAACCUCACCCUCACCCUCACUCUCUUCAUCCUCCCCAAACCCCUUCCCAACUUCCUCAUCCACCUAUCCAUUCUAUUUCUUCACCCCCCAAACCUCCUGUUCCAGAACCCAAUCGGGAACCGAAACAGUAUGGUAUGAUGAAAGUGCAUCAUCCCGACUCUGUCAAGAAAUUCGUUGGUGCACAUGAUCGCACAUCUGAGAGCAAACAUCUCAACCGACGUGUCUCAUCACCCCACCAAGAACCCCAUCGUGACUCUGCACCUUCAUCUACCUCCCACCUCAAGACUGAACCCCACUCACCCGUCCAGAGCAAGGCAUCUGAUGCCAAGCUUGACGAGCACGGGACUCAGUGGCAAGGUAAUUUAACUUCGACUUCACCCUGGUCUCAUCCCAAUAUUGCUGUGCCUUCCACAUCCGCCAAAAAUCUGUGGAAGCCCUUUGGCAGUGACCGCACUCCGACUCUCGGUAACGGAAUCUUUGACCAACCUCUGGGGACUUUUACAUCACGUGAAAACCCUCUAGGCCAACUCGGCAUGGAUUCGUCAAAUAUGCCUACCCCUCCCAAGUUCUCUGCUCCUAAGGAGCCAACCGAUUCAUUGCCGUCACCUGAGGCACGCCACCCCUCAUUUGACACCCUUAACCCAAUUGGACGCCCUAGCCCAAUUGGCCCGCCGAGCAACCGGAAUUCUCGUGCCAUUAAUGAUUGGAAUAACUUCCAUGAGAACGCCCUGGAGAAGGAAUCCCAGAACGCCAAAGAGUUCCUCAAGAGACUCCAUGACAGACAGAACGGAGCCCCAGCCCCGCCACCCGCGCCUGUUGUAUUCAGUGAAACCUGGAAAAAAACACGUGCCACUGAAGAUGGCAGACGAGUUGUCACACAGGUCACUGAAAGGGUUGUCAACAACGACGAAGACAUCGCCAAAGCGAAGGCAGCUGCCGCCAACCAGCAGUCCAAUCCUCUUACGAGCCUUGAUACUCCUAUGGAUGGCCUGAACGUGUCUGACAUUGGUGUUCGUCCAACCGGCAAUGUUCCCACGCGGAGCUCUCGAUUCUUCCCCCCGGCAUCUGAACAGUCGAAGCGCCAGGUCGCCGAGAAGGAGCGCAGUAGUCCUUCGCCUCCCCCUCCAGAAGAAGUUACCACCCAUCCUGUGUACUCCGGAGACUCGAGUCGCCCCCACGUUAAUCUUCCGACCCCCAAGCCUCCAAAGCCUGUUGUUAAGCUGCCUCCUAAGGCCAUUGGUGCUCCGGCGCCCCCGCCGACAUUUGCUUCUAUGGCAGCUGCACCACCGCGUAACGUGGGCCCUCCUUCUUCGACUGCGCUGUCGUGGCAGGACAAGAUCAAUGGCCUCUUCGGCAAGACUACUCCUACGCAGAAAAAGAGUGUCUUAGCUGUGACAUCAGCUACCAAGGAGCCCCUUCCGGUUCAUGCAGCUCCUGUCUCUGUCUCUAUUCCACAGACCAAGCUCAGCUCCCAGCCUGGGGAUGGCGAUUUCGCCGUUAGACAAGUCAACGAACAAGAUGAGAUGUUCGAAGACCGCGAACCUGGGUCUCUGCCUGCUGUCCGUGUGCCAAAUAUGGCACCCCAGAAUUCUUGGAGCGCAACUCGUCCUUCAGAGCGAUCUCGCGGCAAGAGCUUCAAGCCGGUGCAAGCACAGAGUAUUCAGCCGUUCCUGGUUGGACACAAUGAUCGAGACAACCAUGGCAACAUUCGUGCUUCGGUGUUCCUUCCAGGCGGCUCUGAACCCAAAGGUUUCUUGAUUCAACGCAAGGCUGGUCCGACUCGAGGCCGCAAUUCCAAUACCAAUACAAAUGUCAAUGCCAGACCCCGCAAGGGAAUUAACAAUAAAUCCGGCGAUGUUUCUGGUGGCUCUAAGAAGCCUACCCCUAUCACCGCCUCACGACAACAACCGCGCCAGCGGUCGGGCUGGAGCCCCGAACCCCCCACUUCUCGUUAA